AUGGAAGCUCUGAAUAUUGCACAAACUGCAAGAAAUUCUGCAUUGGUUCUCCAAUCUGCUUCUAACCAACUGAAAAACGAUGCGCUCUUGCAUAUUCAUGCUGCUCUUAAAGCCAACAAGGAUUCUAUUUUGGCUGCAAACAGAUUGGAUUUAGAAAAAGCUAAAGCUCAGGUUGCAGAUGGUUCUCUUUCUGCUUCCCUAUUUAAACGACUGGAUUUGGCUGGACCCAGUGAUUCAAAGUUUGAUGCAUUGUUGCAAGGGGUGUUGGAUAUCAUCCAAUUGGACGAUCCAGUCGGAAAGGUCACUUUUGCUAGCCAACUAGAUGAUGGUCUCAACUUAUACAGAGUGACAUGCCCCGUUGGUGUUGCACUCAUCAUUUUUGAAGCCAGACCUGAAGUCGUUGUUCAGAUAUCAUCGCUGAUUCUUAAAUCCGGCAACGCAGUGAUCCUUAAAGGUGGAAAAGAGGCAGAUUGUUCUAAUCGGGCAUUGAUGGAAUGCAUUCAAUCGGCUUUGUCUGGGAUGAAUCAUUCUGGUGUUCCAGUGGGUGCUGUUCAGUUGGUAUCGUCCAGAGACGUGGUUGAUGGCUUGCUCAAAAUGGACGGUCUGAUUGAUCUGGUUAUUCCAAGAGGUGGUGCUGGAUUGGUCAAACAUGUUCGUGAAUCCACAAAGAUUCCUGUUUUGAGUCACGCUGAUGGGAUCUGCUCUGUCUACGUUGAUGAGGAGUCUGAUGCAAAAAUGGCUGCUGCUGUGAUAGUUGACUCCAAGACGGACUAUCCAGCAGCGUGCAAUGCCGCUGAAACGCUGUUGAUUCAUUCUAGUGUUUUAAGCACCCAUCUUCCUAUUAUUGGUACUGCGUUGCUGGAUAAAGGCGUCCAGCUUCGAUGUGACGAAAAAGCGCUCGCGCUACUUGAAUCGCUUUCACUUUCUAAACAACUAUCUGCACUCAUUAUUCCCGCAACCCCAAAAGAUUUUGACACUGAGUUCCUUGACUUGAUUAUGGCAGUAAAAGUGGUUGAUUCUUUGGAAGAAACGAUUAGUCAUAUCAACACUCAUGGGUCAAAACACACCGACGUUAUAGUGACUUGCAACAAGCAAACUGCUUCGCGGUUUAUGGCCCAAGUAGAUGCUGGAAGUGUGUAUUGGAAUGCAUCUACUAGAUUUACCGAUGGGUUUAGAUAUGGUUUUGGUGCUGAAAUCGGUGUAAGCACAAACAAAACUCAUGUGAGAGGUCCAGUGGGACUUGAAGGAUUGAUGAUUUAUCGAUACCGAAUCUAUGGAAACGGACAUACUGUUGCGCCAUAUAAUUCCGGCGAAAAAAUGUAUUGUCGUCAGGAAAUAUCUUUAUCGGAUGCUCAAAAACGUAUUUGAAGGAUACUGCU